CGAACGUACUGUCAUGUCACUUGUCACUUGAUCUGUGAUCAUCUGUCAAAUCAAACAGAGAAUAUUUACGUCAGCCACGUUGGAAGUGCCAAGUUGGUGUUUUUAUGUGAGCCAGUGUUGUGAAGAUGAAAGUGAAGGAGCUGAAGAAGACGGUGAACGUGUGCUGGUCGCCGGCUGACCACUACCCCGUGACGAUCGCGGCCGGCUCGGCAGCGCAGCAGGUUGACUCGUCGUUUAGCUCGAGCUCCUACUUAGAGCUCUAUUCUUUGAAUUUGGAAGACCCUGGACUUGAUUUAGAGCUUAAAUCUAGUUUGCAGACAGAGCACAAAUUCCAUAAGAUAGUAUGGUCAGGCGCAGGUGUGCUGGUCGGAGGCUGUGAUGGUGGUCUCCUGCAGUUCUACAGUGCUGACAAACUGCUCAACAAUGCCACAGACGCACUCCUCGGCAGCAACAAUAAACAUAGUGGCCAUGUAUCAGCCUUGGACAUCAACCCUUACCAGAAGAACUUGCUGGCCUCCGGAGCGUCGGAGAGCGAGAUCUUCAUAUGGGACUUGAACAACACCAGCCAGCCCAUGGCACCUGGCAACAGGAACCAACCUUAUGAUCAUGUGCAGGGCUUGGCUUGGAACCAACAGGUGCAACACAUUCUCGGAUCGACAUUUUCAACCAGAUGCGUUGUGUGGGAUUUACGGAAGAAUGAACCUAUCAUGAAACUUAGUGAUUCUCAGUCCCGCACACGCUGGCGGUCGCUGGCGUGGCACCCGUCCGUCGCCACGCAGCUGUGCAUCGCCUCCGAAGACGACCAGGUGCCCGUCAUACAACUGUGGGACUUGAGACUGGCGGCGUCUCCGCUGGUGACGCUGGAGGGGCACCAGAAGGGCGUGACGGCGGUGUCGUGGUCGCGGCGUGACGCCGACCUGCUGCUGUCCGCCGGACGCGACGGACGCGUGCUCUGCUGGAACCCCAACAAUACUAAACCGGGUGGCGAGUUGCUCUCAGAGAUCAGCCAGCAGCAGCAGUGGGUGUUCGACGUGUCGUGGUGCCCGCGGGACCCGUCGCUCCUGGUCAGCGCCAGCUUCGACCAGCAGCUCGCCGUGCACAGCCUGCUCGGCGGAGAACGACCUGAUAUUACAACACACACAUCUAGCAACAUAAUGGAUUCGUUCGGCGGGCUGGACACGUUCAGCGCGCUGCCCGCCGUCACCCGCGCCGCGGCCCCGGCCCCAACGCCCAGGCAGCAGCUGCCCCGCCCGCCUAGCUGGCUGAAACGACCUGUUGCUGCUAAGUUUGCUUUUGGCGGUAAAUUAGUAACAUUUGAGAAAUGCCCUCAAGAAGCCGGUCCACAGAAACUGGUUCAUAUAAGCCAGGUAGUAAGUGAGCCGGAGAUAGUGGAAAAAGCGACGGAACUGGACGCUGUAUUAGAAGCCAGCCUUAGUCACGAUCCCUCCGCUAUCGAAAGACUUGCCGAGUACUGUCGGCAAAAAGGAGAUGAGGCGACAGACCAAAAUGAACGUUACACGUGGUUCUUCCUACGCGCUAACUUCUUACCGACGUUCUCUAGUGAAGUACUCAAUUUAUUGGGUUUCAAACAGGACGAGAUAAUAUCAAAGUUCAAAACUUCCAACGUGGCGUCCGGAGACAACGCUCAGCCCGAUAUCGCUGCUUUAAGUAGAGGCGAGUCCACGGAGACGGAGGCCGAGUUGUCUACCGACACCAGCACUGACCUAUCUGAUGCUCACACGCUGAUCGAGCGCAAACUUGCCAAUCUCGACUUGGCACCCACUGCUACCAACGUGGUCAUACCCAAUGGAGAAGACUCAACGAGUCUGAUCUGCCGCGCCCUGGUGUCGGGCAGCUGGGAGGAGGCGGUGGAGCUGUGCCUCGAGGCCAACCGUGUGGCCGACGCGCUCGUCAUCGCCUGGUCCGCGAGCCCGGAGCUGCUGUUCAAGGUGCAGAAGUACCACAUCAACAGCACGGCGGGCCAGCCCGUCUCCCUGCUGUGCGGCAGCCUGCUGCUGGCGCGGUGGGAGGCGCUGGUGGCGGGCGCGGCGCCGCAGAGCUGGCGCGAGACGCUCGCCGCGCUGCUCACGCACUGCGAUGCCGACUCUGCUAGCACGUAUUGCGAAAUGUUGGGCGACAAGCUAUCGAAGGAGUCGGACCCGGCUCUCUCCGAGGCGGCGACGAUCUGCUACCUGUGCGCGAUGAGCCCUGAGCAGCUGGUGUGGCGCUGGGCGCGGGCGCGGCGCGGCGCGGCGGCGCUGGCGGCGCUGGCGGGGCGGGCGCUGCUCGCCAGGAGAGCUGCCCUCGCUCGCGGCAGACCCGUGCCGGCGGGUGGCAAGCUGGAGACAGUUCUGAACGAGUACGCGUCUAGGUUAGCAUCUCAGGGAUGCCUGCAGAGUGCACUGAACACGUUGGAAGGUAUCCAGCACACUGAGCUGCGAGACCGACUCAUGCAUGCUCUUGGACUCGUGCAGCAGACCCGGCCUGCCCAUCAACAGCAGCCGGGACGCGGUCACUCUGGACUGCCGCCGAGACGAACGCAUCCGUCACACUCCGAACAAAACUAUGGCCCCGCAGUCCUGCCUUACGACCAGCCGUGGUCACAGCCCCCAAUGCCUUCAGUUCAGCCGCACGUACAACGCCCAGGCUUCCAGCAACCACAGCCGUUCCAACCGUUGCAACCGCAACCCGUGCAACCGUUGCCACCGCAACCCGUGCAACCGUUGCAACCGCUACCCGUGCAGCAACCAACAGUACAACCGCCAGUUUUGCAGCCAUCGCAACCGCCUAGGCCGGGCAGUGUUGGACCUACGUCCGGUAUUGGCUCCCGAUCAAAAUACAAGGUGGACCCAUCCGUCCAAUCAGCGCCGCUAUACAACCAGUACAGCUUCAACAACCCCGUGACGUCACAGCCGUACGGCGGGUACAACAGCCCGCUGCCCGAGCAGUACGGCGCCACCAGUGUGCCUACAUACACCCAGCCCGGCAUCAACCAGGGACUGAUGAACCAGGUACCCCAACCGGCCGCAUUCCCGGCGGCGCCAGUCUCCACGCCGCUGCAGGUGUCGCAGCCAGCGCCUGCCGUGAACGGCACGUACUACGGCACGGAAGCGGCGCCUUCCAAACCCGUGCCGCCGGGCUGGAACGACCCGCCCAUGAUGUCUUCUAAACCUAAGCCAAAGCAAGAAGUGACAGCGCAAGCGCCGAUCACGCACCCACUGUUCGGCGUCGAACCUCCGCAGCACGUGCCGCUGGCGGGACAGUACAACCAGCAGUACCCUCAGCAAUAUGGUCAGCAGUAUGGACAGUAUCCCAACCAGUAUCAGGACCAGUACCAGGCUAAUAUGGCACCCGCUUAUCCUCAGAAGACGGAGAGCCCCGCGGCCGUGGAGCCGGCGGCGCCGGUGCGGAAGGGCCCGCUGCCCGACCAGCACGUCGUGCUGCAGAACGUGUUCGACGCGCUCAGGGCAGAGUGCUCCAACAGGGCUACUAACCCGCAAAUGAAGAGGAAACUAGAAGAUGUCCAGAGAAGGCUAGAGACUCUUUAUGAUAUGUUACGCGAGUACAAACUAUCAGAGUCUGCCACAUCAGCCCUGCACUCGUGCUGCGAGUACGUCCAGGGCGGCAACCACGCGGGCGCGCUGGCGGUGGCGACGUCCCUGGCGACGGGCGCGGACUUCGCGGCCGCCGCGUCCUUCCUGCCGGGGCUCAAGUCGCUGUGCCAGCUCGCGCAGCAGCUGCAGGUCUACGUCAGCUGAACACCUUACGGCACUGGGAUCCUAGUACCUACAACGUAAACUUCAGUUUUAAAACAACUGUUCAGGGGGCUGAUUCUGCUAAUUUUACUUAAGCGAUUGAUAUCCAGCUAAGAUUCAAUCACGACUCAAUUACGAUUGAAGCGUAUGUGGCAUUCAGCUAUUUUUUCUUUUAAAUAAAUUUUGUUAUUUUCUGUCAUUCAAUAAUGAAUUAUGUCUGCAGAUGAUUUACCAUUGCAAUAUGAUACUAGGACAGACUACCCUAUAGACCAAAUAGCAGACCAACGGCAAACUAAUGAAAGGUCAUUGGAAUACGAUUGAUCAAUUAGUAGCAGAAUGCCCGCUUAGGUUAAAACUGCUGUUGAGAUUCAAUUGUCACAUUAUUAACUUAGCAGAAUCAAAUCCCUGUAUUAACUAUGAAUUUCCACUUUCAAUUUUCAAAAGAAACAGUUGUUUGAAGAAAGAUGUUUACGUUGUCGGUUUACUUGAGCUUUUACACCUGUAUGAAGUUAAAUUAAUAAUAUAUUGUACUAUAUAGCUGUUGCCCGGGGUUUCAUAUGGGUUUAGAGGGAAUUACUUACACUGAUAAAAUGUAGGCUAUGAGUUAUUGCUUUGAAAGAGUAACAAAUAUACAAAUUUCUAAAUUUUCACGUUUAUAAUGUAAGUUUGAUAAUGUAAUGUGUUUAGUUUAUUUGCACGGCUAGUGUAGAGGUUGGUAAGGAUAUUUUUAUUCAGGCAUCAAAAGUGUAGGAUGGUGAAACUGCGGGUAAUAGCUGAUAUAUUAUACUUAUGAUUCUUGUACUUGUCUACAAUAUUGCAUCAUUUGUAAACUGUUUUGUGAUUUUAAGAAAAACAAGAUAGUUAACAAUUUUGCUACUGUCUUUGUUAUAUGAGAGAGUUUGGCUAUCAAAGUCAAUGCAAUAUAACAUUAAUACAAAUGAAAGGCGACUGUAAACUUAAGUUAUGAACUUUUAAAUAUAAAUUACAGUUCACAAUUGAUGCAAUUUUGAGACUCUUCAACUGAAACGUUCUAUGUCUUCUGACAUACCCACAUGAUAUUCACGUGCCUUCAAUGGCAACACUUCUCCAAUUAACUGCAAUGGCAACACUAUUUAUAAGACGUCAAAUUUGACGUAAGGAACGUUGCAGUUGUGAAAAGUCUUCGUUUUUGAUACAUUCGUACUUUAUUAUGACUAUAAUCAACUGAAGACUCCACUCUGUGGCCUCGUUAAGGUAAAUUAAUAAUAAUAUAUUAAAUAUUAAUUAACUUAUAUACACAGCUGAUGGAUGAUCUGUAAGGACUGCUCAGAGAUGUAUUUAACUUUCAUAUCAAACAUAAUAAUAUUUAUUUUUCUGUAUGAAUUAUUUUAGCGUGUUUUGCUAAUAUUUUUGCAUAGUAUUAUUUGAUUGUCUCCCUUUAUCUCUGUAUUUGUUAUAUCACCUUUCUCACUUACCUCGUAAGUAUAGAUAUCAUUGUAUCACUUUGCUUUGUAGUAAGCACUUGUUAUAAAGCACAAUAGCACACUAUUGUUAAACUAUUUGGCCUUUUCUGAAAAAUGAACUUAGCCGCAGCCGCAUAGAAAACGCAUACACAUACCUAUUAUUUAUGUACAAACUUCCAGUACAUAGUAUUUAUUCUCUUUAUUUAUUGUAUCAUAUAUUAAUUAAAUAAUACUAUGCAGCAAGUACCUAUGGUCUCACAAGAAAUUCUUUGUGUGUUCGUUUGUUCGUCAUAUUCCUAACUACUGAUAUCCAAAGACACACAAAUAAUAAUGUUCUAAUUGAUUAAUGUUUAUUGUAAUGUGUGAGUCGUGUACGAGCUCUGUUGCUAAUAUAUAACUUAAUAUAAAUAAUACUGUAUUAUAGAAUUAUAUUAUUGAUGAAAAUAUAUUUUUUAGAAAAAUAA